UUUCCUUACAACUCAAAUUCAAUAAUAUUUAUGACAAAAUUAUGAAAAAUAUUUUGAAGAGAUACUUGUCUAUUAUAUUUGCCAUCAACUUGCUUAAGUAUUCAUCAUCGCUUUUCUUUCUCCACCCCCAUUUUCUUGUCACGAGAAAGCAAAAAACAUAAUGGUUUCGGUUCAAGGCCAUGCAUGACACCGGUGGUGAUGAUAUGAAGAUGAAGAACGUAAAGUUGAAUAGUGGAAUUAGUUCAAGUAGCUGCUGCUCAAUUAGUAGUACUAGUACAGUUAGAGAAAUGGUGAAACAAACAAAAGUAAAAGAGAUUACUCGUGAGUUAGCAUCCAAAAAGCAUGCCCUGUCUGAGCGUAAACGUAGAAGACGAAUCAAUUGCCACUACGACUCUCUUAGACACUUCUUCCCUCGAAUACUCAAAAGCGAUAAAGCCUCGGUGCUAGCAGAGACUGUGCGUCAUUUAAAAGAGCUGAAAAAAAUGGUCGCCGACCUAGCUCCGUCAGAUCAUGACGGUGACAAGCAAUCGUUUUUUAUUCCCGGCGAGAACGACGAAAUGAGCGUUGGUUACGUCGCCAGUGGCAACAAGACAGCCGUCCGAGCAAUUGUCUGUUGCGAGGACCGACCGGGUCUGAAUCAGGACUUGACAGAGGCGAUUCAUUCAGUCCGCGGGAAGGCAGUGAAGGCUGAGAUGGCGACUAUCGGUGGGCGAACUAAGGCGGAGGUGGUGGUGGAACUGCGGGAGGAGGACGACGUUGGGCUGUUAAGGAGAGCGUUAAAGGCUGUUGUGGAAAAUCGGGUCUUGGGUCGAACCGGGUUAAUCAGUCAUGGAUAUACUGAACCGGGUUUCGGACGGAGGUAUGUAGAUGGUGAAAGGCCCAUAUGUGAUCAAAUUGAAAAUAGGCUUGCUGAUGGCCUAAUUGUAAGAAGUUCAGAGCAAAAUACAAGUAAAGAGUAA